AUGAUGGGGAGGAGUACCCCCAGCAGAGAGAACCCUUCUGCGCAGAAGCAGUACCGCCACUACAGCUUAGUUGUGCAAGUUAAGAGGAGCCCCCCCUGGGAGAUCCACCAGGUGAACCCCUGCUUUGACUACCCCGGAUUUAGUUUCACCGUCUUAGAAGAAUCACAGCAGGAGGGUAACCACAGUAGAAUUGGCAUUAUAAAAACGCCACGGGGGGAAAUAGAAACCCCCAACUUUCUCUUUUGUGCCACGAAGGGGUGCAUGAAGUCGACGCCAAUCAGCUUUGUGAAGGAUUGUAAAACGCAAAUCAUUCUGUCAAACACUUUCCACCUGUUGAUUCAUCCCAAGCCACACGUCAUUUUCCAGCUGGGCGGGUUGCACAGCUUCAUGAAUUGGCAGGGCCCCAUCCUGACCGACUCGGGGGGGUACCAGCUGUUCAGCAUGACGUUCGGCUCGGUUUCGGACGAGAUAAAGAGGAAGUCCAGGGGGGGAGCAGGCAACACAGUUGGCGUAGGUGGCGCAGAUAGCGUAGGUAACCCAGGUAACAACCGGGGACGCGACCAGCAGGGUGGCAUAAUAGCCGCUGCACCCGCCGCGUCCACCGCGUCUGCAGCGCACCCCCCCCGCGGAGACAUCAUCGUGAAAAUCAGCGAGCAGGGGGCCCUGUACAAGUCGUACCACGACGGGGCCCUGGACAUGCUGACGCCGGAGAGCUCCAUCCAAGCGCAGUACCUCCUGGGGAGCGACUUCGCAGUGGUACUCGACGAAUGCACCCCCUACCACAUAGAGAGGGAAUACACGGAGCGGUCCAUGCACAGGUCCCACAGGUGGUACAUUCGGUGCCUCCUAGAAUUUAAGAAAGCCAUGACCAUGCCAAAUUACCAUUCCUACCUGAACCAGUUGCAUAAUAAGAAAUACAAAGUGCAACAGAAGUGGAGAGAAAGGGAAGCCAAUAAGCAGGCUCUCUAUGGAAUCAUCCAGGGAGGAAUAUACACCGAUUUGAGGUUGAAAAGCUGCCAGGUUGUUUGUAAUUUGCCUUUUUUUGGGCUCUGCAUCGGGGGGUGCCUUGGGAAGGACAAGCAGAUGAUGUACAGCGUGAUAGAGAGGACCAUGCGGUUUGUCAGGCGGGAGGGGCAAGCCAAUCGUGGUAACAGUAGUAGUGCUAGUAGUAGUGGUAGCACCCCUAUUAGCCGCGCCAAACCGGUGCACCUCCUAGGGAUCGGCCAAAUUAGGGAUAUCUUCUUCGGAGUGCGUCAAGGGAUUGACACCUUCGAUUGCGUCAUCCCCACGAGGCUGGCCAGGCAUGGCUACUACCUAUGCUCAGUUGAGACCAUAAGAAAAGUGGAAGGCAAAUUGUGCACAAGUAUUAAGAAAGAGUACAUUAAAAUAAAGUCCAAAAUUCACGAGUUGGAAAGUGGCCCUCUUGAGGAGCACUGCCCCUGCUACACCUGUGCGAAUUACUCCAGGGCAUAUUUGCACCACCUCUAUAAGAUAAAUGACAAUUUGUUGGGCACUCUGCUGACCAUACAUAAUGUGUGCUACAUGAACAGGCUCAUGGAGGACAUCCGCGGGGGCAUCAGGGGUGGCUGCUUGGACGAGGUUGAAAAGAGGUGGGUUCGGUGAUAGCGAAGAUGGGAUGUCUAUCUUAACGCGUCAUCACUCCCCGGUGCUUCUUACCCCAAAGGGGGGCACUGUAUGACCCCCCCCCUUUUUUUUUUUCUGCAUCACCACUGCGGGGGCCGCCCCACCGUGUGCACACCUGAACAAAUUGAAAACUUUGCAGAGACGCUGUUUUUAGCAGUUGGUCCGUGACAACGCGGUUUUUUACGUAAAGGUGGAAAGAAGAGGC